UGGAUUUAAUUUUCUCUGUUUUUAUAGUUGUCUAAGGUGGAAGCUUAAGUUACUGAUUUUAGGUCUUUCGUCUUUUCUGAUAUAGGGCUUCAACGGUAUAAAACCUUCCUCUAAGCAUUUCCUUUGCUGUAGCCCAUAAAUUUUGAUACAUUUCAUUUCAUUUAAUUAAAAUUUAAAAAACUGGGGGGAAUUCCCUGGUGAUUCAGUGGUUAGGACUCGGCUCUUUCACGGCUGUAGGCCUGGUUUGAUCCCUGGUGGGGGAAUUAAAACCCUGCAAGCCCUGUGGCAUGGCUAAAAAAAAAAUUCUUCUCUGACUCUUGUGUCUUUUAGAGGUGUGUUGUUUAAUCUCCAAGUAUUUUGGGAUUUUCCAGCUGUUCUUCUAUUACUGACUUUUAGUUUAAUACCACUGUGGGCUGAGAGCAGACAUUGUACAAUUCCCAUUAUUUUAAAUUUGUUAAGGUGUAUUUUAUGGACCAGAAUGUGGCCUAUCUUGGUAGUAUUCUAUGUGAGUUGGGGACAAGUGUGUAUUUUGUCAUUUUGGAUAAAAUAUUCUAUGAAUGUCAAUCAGAUCCAAUGCUGAUUGACAGUGCGUCUUUUAAAAUUAGAGUUUUUAUUUUUGCUGGAUAUAUACCCAGGAGUGAAAAUACUGGAUCAUAUGGUUCUACUCUUAGUUUUUUAGAGAAUCUCCAUACUGUUUUCCAUAGUGGCUAUACCAAUUUACAUUUUUACCAACCGUGUAUGGAGUUUCCUUUUCUCCACGUUUGAGGAGAAUAUUCUUUUUCUGGACCAUGAAAUGAUUUCAUCCUUUAUGUUUCUUAAUCUCUAAGGGGAACUGGAAACAGAUGAUGACAUUUUAUAAUCACUUCUUCUCCCAUUAUGACUUGUUGCAUCCCAAACUAAUUGGUGGGGGGAGACUUUUGUGGGUUUUUAAUCCUAGUCUCAAUGUCUAUUUCCAUUAUUAUUGAUAACUAUCCUAUUACUUAAAAAGUCCUGCUGAGUUGGGACUUCCCUGGUGGUCCAGUGGUUAAGACUCUGAGCUCCCAGUGUAGGAGGUAUGGCUUUGAUUCCUGGUCUGGGAGUAAAGAUCCCACAUGCUGUGUGGCACAGCCAGAAAAACAAACAAGUAAAUCCUGCUGAGUUCAAUAGUCAUACAUCCGUGGUAGUUUUGAUUUUUGUUUCUUGUAUUUGUGGUUGCUCAAUUGAGAUUGUGGAGAUAUAUGUAAUGUUAACAGAAAACUCUACAUUCUGGAAACUGUGUGUGAGGAAGGAUCCCUAAGCCCUUGAGUAAUAACAAGAAAUUAAUAAAGCUCACCCUUGAUGUUAUACUACUUCAAGCUCCUCCUUACUUAAUCAAGGAGAUUGUAAUAUAUUAUUAAAUGUUCUUCAGUCUUGGUCUUGAUGUAAUAAGAAUGUUUUAUCACUUUUACAGAUAGAUUCCAGUAUCUUCCACUUUGCAAUUAUAUUCCUAAACAAUGUCCAUGGUUCUUUAUGUAAUUUAUUAUAUUAACCCUUACUAUCUAAGUCAUAUCUAUUCAAUCAGACUUUUGCUCACUUCCUAGGACACUAUUAAACACAUGGGUUAAGUCUUACAUAAAACUCAAUGUAAAAACUGGCUUGUUGUUUAGUUGCUAAAUGAUGUCUGACUCUUUUGUGACUCCAUGAACUAUAGCCUACCAGGCUCCUCUGCCCAUGGGAUUUCCCAGGCAAGAAUACUGGAGUGGGUUGCCAUUUCCUUUUCAAGGGAUCUGCCUUACCCAGGGAUUAUACCCAAGUCUUCUGCAUUGGCAGGCAGAUUCUUUACCACUCGGCCACAAGGAAAGCCCCCCAAAUUGGCUAAGGACCACUGAAUUAAUUGCAUCUUACAAAUAAUUUUUUUAAAGAUUCCUACUCUGUUCUGAGUAGGAAUCAGAGAGAGAGAGAGACUUUCUGUCAGAAAGUGAACAAAUGAUGUGAGUAUUCUUGUUGAAGUUCUCAUGAACAGUUUAGGCUAGGUUUCUCAGUUUCUCUUUCAUGUUACCCACUAUUUAAAAAUCACUGGAAUCUAUAGUCCAAACCGCGACUUCUUCUUUCAAGGUCCCCUUUAUAUUGGAUGUCUCGUAGUCACAUCAGAGUGUUCAGCAGUUCAUCUCUGAGCUCUGACUUCUUUGAAUGAAGCCAGAGCUCUGGGUAACAUCUUCAGAGAGAUAGAGAGAGAGAAAGAGGCUCUUGGACCUUCUUAACACAGGGAGCCCACAGAAUGGUGCGGGAAGGGAAUGCAGAAUCCUGCUUCUGGGUGAAGCUCUGGUGUAUUGCAGUACUUGGCUUAGCCCUCCUCAGUGCAUGUUUCAUUGUGAGCUGUGUGGUGACUUAUUAUUUUACAUAUGGCAACAAUGGCAAAAGGCUGUCUGAACUGCAUACACACCAUUCAAAUCUAACGUGCUUCAGUGAAGGGACAAGGGUGACAGAAAAGAUUUGGGGAUGUUGCCCAGGUACCUGGAGGCCGUUUGGUUCCAGCUGCUACUUUAUUUCUUCUGAAGAGAAUUUCUGGGCUAAGAGUGAGCAGAACUGCGUUGGGAUGGGAGCUCACUUAGUGGUGAUCAACACAGAAACAGAGCAGGAUUUCAUUAUCCAGCAGCUGAAUAAAACAUUUUCUUAUUUUCUGGGACUCUCAGACCCACAAGGGAAUGGCAACUGGCAAUGGAUUGAUCAGACACCUUACAAGGAAAAUGUCAGAUUUUGGCACCAAAAUGAACCCAACUUUUCUGCAGAGGAAUGUGCUUCAGUUGUUUUCUGGGAUGGGAGAGGAUGGGGCUGGAAUGAUGUUUUCUGUGAUUCUAAAAGGAAAUCAAUAUGUGAGAUGAAGAAGAUUUACCUAUGAGUGGAACUUUAUUCACUAAUAUCUUUAAAAUUUAGACCCACUGUAAAAUUAUAAUUUCCUUUUGUAACUUACGAUAAUCCUUAUCAUAUCAGGUCAUGGGGAUAUUCUGAUGCCUUUCUCUCUUCAGUUCAUCCUCUUCUAUUAACCUCUUUUCCACUAAUCUUAGGAUGAGCUUUCCUUAAUUUUUUUUAUUUUGUUUGGUUUGUUAUUCAUUAUUUUCUUCUCUUUUUUCAUACUUCUUUUCAACAUUCCUUGUUCCAUAUAUUGUACUAUUUUGUCUAUUAAAAGGCUUUGUUGUUGUUUAGUUGCUAAA